GGCUACUGAUUUACACAGCAUCUGACUGCAGUGCAGCAGCGGAAAGGAGCGAGCGGGCUGUUUCCAUUUUAGCUCCAGAAGUGUUUACCUACCACUCUUUAACCUUGAUUUCUAACAAGAUGGGAACAAGAGACGACGAGUACGACUACCUGUUUAAAGUUGUUCUGAUUGGAGACUCUGGUGUCGGGAAGAGUAACCUUUUGUCCCGUUUCACCCGCAACGAGUUCAACCUGGAAAGCAAAAGCACCAUAGGAGUGGAGUUUGCUACUCGCAGCAUUCAGGUGGAUGGAAAAACUGUUAAAGCCCAGAUAUGGGACACGGCUGGGCAGGAGCGCUACAGAGCCAUCACUUCAGCGUAUUACCGUGGCGCUGUGGGGGCUCUGUUGGUGUACGACAUUGCCAAGCAUCUGACCUAUGAAAAUGUGGAGCGCUGGCUGAAGGAGCUGAGGGACCAUGCAGACAGCAACAUUGUUAUCAUGCUGGUUGGCAACAAAAGUGACCUGCGCCAUCUCCGGGCUGUACCCACUGAUGAGGCACGCGCAUUUGCAGAGAAAAAUGGAUUGUCUUUCCUGGAGACAUCGGCUCUGGAUUCCACCAAUGUAGAGACAGCCUUUCAGACCAUCCUGACUGAAAUCUACCGUAUCGUGUCCCAGAAACAGAUGUCGGACCGCCGGGACAACGACAUAUCGCCCAGCAACAACGUGGUGUCCAUCCAGGUGCAGCCCACUGAGAAUAAGCCAAAAAUGCAGUGUUGCCAGAACAUCUAGCCCCUUCCAUGACCUCCUUUUCCUGCAAAGCCCACCUGCAGAAAAGCCCUUAUCCCUCCCUCUCUCUUCACACCCCCCACCCGAUCCCUCCCCUCACCCCUACUUCUUAAAGACUGCUUUGGUUCAGAGGCGCAGCUGCACGCUUGGGCUAGAGCACAGAAGCUGUGUUUCCAAACCUCAGCUCUCAAAAGGGUUACCACCUGCGCUCUGGACUAACAUUUUGUUUUUGUUUUUUUUCUGCCAUGGUAGGCUUUUUUUAUUGCAAAAUUUUAAUAAUCAGUUGUGCUGAUCUUCACAGAAACGUCUUAAUAUAUUCUUUCAUUUGCAAACAGUGUGAGGUUUGUUCAUGUCAAUGUCUUGAGCAGCUGGCAUGUGGUUGUGUCUGAGCCUGUCACAAGAGUAGACAAGUGGCAUUAAGGAGAUAUUACUGUAUGCUGUACUUAGAACGUUUGGAUACUAGACAUUAGACUAGCAUUAGGCCCCAGAGAUCAUCAACUUCCCAACUUUAGCUAUGGCUGUGUGUAUGCAAAAGCUUCACAUUGCAUGUAAACUUAAAUACUCUCUUAGGAGCACUCCUAUUAUUGCAUUUUUGACAGUAUCUGAGCAGAUAGUGUAACACAUCAGUCAUGAUGGUUGUGGCUCCUGUGGUCUGUAUAGUAGAAUAUGAUUGCAUGAUUUCUAUCAGCAUUCUGGAAAGAGGAGUGGGAAGAUUUUCUUUGGUACAGAGAACCCCACAGACAUGACUCCUCACACUGACUGAGCGUUUCCUCAUGCUGCUGCUGUUUCCAUUCAUCCUGUGCAUUUCUUGUAGAGUAGUGGUUUUAGUGCCUUUCUCAGUGGAUUGUCACACAGGGAAGCCUCCAUUUUUGUGCAUGUGCCCACUUUGUGGACUUUUUCCUCCAUCUCUUCACAGCAGUGCUGUGAGACCUUCAGCACACGAUCUUCUGCAGUGCUAAAAUGGUAGUAUUCAUCCAAUCUGAAAGUUGCCUUUCAUCGUAAUGUUUCUGCACUCUGAUGUCACCUCCGUUUGGUCCUUUUGGCCAGGUUAAGCAGCAAGUUUAAAUCAGUCAAACAAUGAUUGAUGCAGAAAUUGAGGCAAAAAAGGUCAAUACAAAAACAUUUAAGCUUAGACUUUGAUGGCAGUCAGUGUAGUACCCGUUUUAAUAGCACUGAAACACUAUAGAGUUUAAUAUAGUAAGUGAGGACAGAGAUAUUAGAAUUUUAUAGUGUCAGACAUCCCAUUCAGUGUACCACUCUCCUUAUUCAAGAGAAAGAAUAGCCACUGCACACAGGCAUAGCUGUUGAUUGUAAGCUGGAGCUUUCGCUAUAUUUUUUUUGCACCAAACACACUAUUUCUUUCCUUAUCUAACCCACACUACAGUUUAAUUCUUUAGUAUUUAUUCUAUAGUAGCCAACUGAUUUAUUGUUUUGUGCCUAUUAUGUAAGACUUCUGGAAUUUUAGGACAGUACUAUGUUUAUCAAAAUUAAAUUAAGAAUGUAUAAUGUAUUGUAGCCCAGUAUAAUCAUGUUGUGAUUGUAAAAGCAAGCAUUCCUAUGAUACAGCAGAUGUGGGGAACAUCAUAAACUGCAAAUCAUUUUUGCACCAUGGCUGCCUAAGGAAUUGUAGUGUAUGUACAAUAGAAAUGAUAGUGAGGACAAUAUGCAUGAUUUAUUCCGGUAUAUCCUUAAAUCAUUACACCCUCUCUGUUGCACUUAAAUGUUAAACGAAUUCUCCUUAAAGCUACACACUCUGAGACCACUUUGGGUUAAGGUGGGGGAAACCCCCUUGUAACAGCAGGUAAAAUAAUGUAAAAUUCUAAUAAGGAGUGUGUAGGUUUGUACCGCUUGACAGCUGUUAACAAGUACAUCACAGUAUGAUGGUCUCAAUCAGAAUAGUUGCAAAGAAAACUGUACACCUGUCAAGUUGGGCACUACGUCUUUCUCUAUGCAUUCUGUGACUAUAUGGUAUUUGGGCCUUCUUCCAAACUGGCCCUUGGGACCCUGAAACUAAUUAUGUAACUGACUGGUAGAUGGCUAAAGGGCAGUGCCAAUGAUGUAUGGGUACAGAUGGCACAGCUAUGCCCAGCCUAAGCACUGCACAUAGCUGGUGUGUCUUAUGUUGAUCUGAAAUCGAUGUUCUGUCAGUUCUCUUUCACAUAUUGCCUCAAAAACAUUUGUUUUGUCUGUGCUGUACUGUGAUUUUUUUUUUUUUUAUCAUUAUACUAUUACUCUAUCCACUGUAAUUUGAAUUUUGAAGUGAAAAAUAAAAUUACGGUUAAGUGAGUAAUUUAGGAAA